CUAGAAAAGUCAGAAUUCAAAGUUUGAUAAAUUAGAGUUAAAUCACAAUCACCAACAAAAACAGUGUAUAUUUUCUUUCCUGUUCUCUCUAGGAAAAACUACCUGAGAUAAAUUAAAUAAACGUCAGCAAGCAAAUUGUCGAGUCACGAGGUAGGCUAAGCUUUUCCAGUUCAAAAGUCGGGCACCACACGGUCCGGUCCACCUCUACCUUUUAUCUUCUCUCCCCCAUCUUUCUCACUCGUCCCUGUAAAGUGUAGACUCUAAUAGUAGUAAAACAACCCACACGCCAACCAGAAGAAAUGUGAAAACGAGAAAGCUCUACGCCUACUAACACGUCCGCCCUCUUUUUUAGCCCCUCUUCCUCCUCUUCAACAACCACCACUGGACUGCUUAAUUAGCCCUCUCCUUUCUAUCUCCUUUUCGCUCUAGCUUAAUUGGAUCCUUUCAGGUUGCUACUGGAAAAAAUGACAAGCUUAGAGUCAAGCUCAGGUGGUGAUCCUAACAUCAAAGGCAUGCCUGCUCAUGAUGGACGCUAUGUACAGUAUAAUGUGUACGGUAACCUCUUUGAAGUUUCUAGAAAGUACGUCCCUCCUAUUCGACCUAUUGGCCGUGGCGCUAAUGGUAUUGUUUGUGCUGCUGUGAAUUCUGAGACACGUGAAGAGGUUGCCAUCAAGAAGAUUGGUAAUGCAUUUGACAACAGAAUAGAUGCCAAGAGGACUUUACGAGAGAUUAAGCUUCUUCGCCACAUGGAUCAUGAAAAUGUUAUUGCUAUCAAAGACAUCAUCCGGCCUCCCCAGACGGAGAACUUCAAUGAUGUAUACAUUGUUUAUGAAUUAAUGGACACGGAUCUACAUCAAAUAAUACGCUCCAACCAACUAUUGACAGAUGAUCAUUGUCGGUACUUUCUUUAUCAAUUGUUAAGAGGGCUUAAAUAUGUACAUUCGGCAAAUGUCUUGCAUCGUGAUCUAAAACCCAGUAAUUUGUUCUUGAAUGCUAAUUGUGACCUUAAGAUUGGAGACUUUGGACUUGCAAGGACAACAUCUGAAACGGAUUUCAUGACCGAGUAUGUGGUCACUCGAUGGUACCGGGCACCAGAAUUACUCCUUAACUGCUCUGAGUAUACUGCAGCAAUUGAUAUAUGGUCAGUGGGUUGCAUACUUGGUGAAAUCAUGACUGGGCAACCUUUAUUUCCUGGAAAAGACUAUGUUCACCAGCUGAGGCUUAUUACAGAGGUUCACCUGACGACUUCAGUCUUGGUUUCCUACGAAGCGAGAAUGCUCGAAGAUAUGUUAGGCAGCUUCCGCAAUACCCGAGGCAAAAAUUUGCUGCUAGAUUUCCUAACAUGUCUGCUGGUGCUGUCGAAUUGUUGGAGAAAAUGCUGGUCUUUGAUCCAAAUAGGCGUAUUACAGUCGAUGAGGCACUGUGCCAUCCAUACUUGGAACCUCUUCAUGGCAUCAAUGAGGAGCCUGUUUGCCCAAAGCCUUUCAGCUUUGAUUUUGAGCAACCAUCUUUUACUGAAGAAAACAUCAAGGAACUCAUCUGGAGGGAAUCUGUAAACUUCAAUCCAGAUUCGUGAGAAUUAUCUGAUCAACUUGUGGUGUGCAGUUGGGAAGGUAUCCCAUGAUUAUGAUGUACAACAUUAUUACAUAAAAUCCACCAGGUUCUCUGAGAGAAGAAGAGAUAAGAAACAUAGUGUAUAUUGGAUUUGCUUACAAUUUUCUGUAGAGCUCAAUGAGCUGAUAUCUCAGAUUUGUUACAACAUCAGAAAGUGUAAGACAGAGGACAAGCAGCAUAAUUCUCAAGUUUUCAGAGCAGAAUCUCUAUGAAGGUUCCAUCUUUAGACAAA